UAUAAAUGUGAUCAGGUGGCUUUGUCAGAUGAGACCUGGACUCCUGGACAGAGGAGAGAACUGGACCGAAAUGGAGUCCACCCUCCUCAAAGGUGGAGGAGACACUGCAGGUGUCCAGCCUGCAGCGGUGCCCUCUGGCGGUUCGCAGCCCCCGGCUGAAGUAGAAGGGCCUGCGGAGCUGGCCAAGACGCAGGGAGACAAGACUCAGAUCGGGAAACCUGCAGGAACAGGAGAUGAGGAGAUGUAUUCACUUGACAGCUCUCCAGACAGCGAGGAUGAGGGUAUCGGCAAGAAAGAAAAGAAGAAAAAGAAAGUGAAAAAGAAGAAGAAGAAAAGCUCCAGCUCCUCCUCAUCAUCAUCUUCUUCAUCUUCCUCCAGUAGCUCCUCAGACAGUGAUAGUGAGGAUGAAAAGAAGAAGAAGAAGAAGAAAAAGGAGAAGGAAAAGAAGAAGAAAAAAGACAAGGAGAAAGAGUAUAUCCACGACAGUGUCGUCAUAUCUCAGGCUGGUUCCAAUGGCCAAAUAAAACAUGCAGACGAUCUUGGUCAGGAUUUUAGCUCAUCAGAUGACGAGGAUGACAAGAAGAAGGAAAAGAAGAAGAAGAAGGAAAAGAAGAAGAAAGAAUCUUCUUCCUCAUCAUCUGACAGUGAGGACGAAAAGAAGAAGAAAAAGAAGAAGCAAUCCAGCUCUUCUUCAGAUAGCUCUUCUUCAUCUUCUGACAGUGAAGAUGACAAGAAGAAGAAGAAGAAGAAGAAAAAGAAGAAGGACUCCAGCUCCUCUUCUUCUGAUAGCGAGGAUGACAAGAAGAAGAAGAAGAAGAAGAAAAAAGACAAGAAGAAGAAGAAGAAAAAGAAGAAGGACUCCAGCUCCUCGUCUUCUGAUAGCUCUUCUUCUUCAUCCUCUUCUGACAGCGAGGAUGACAAGAUGAAAAAGAAGAAGAAGAAAAAGGACAAGGACAAGAAAAAGAAAAAGAAGAAGGACUGCAGCUCAAAUAGCUCCUCCUCUUCUUCUUCUUCUUCUGAUAGUGAGGAUGAGAAGAAGAAAAAGAAGAAGAAGAAAAAGGACAAGAAGAAGAAGAAAAAGAAGGACAAGAAAAAGGAUUCCAGCUCUUCAUCCUCAUCUUCUGACACAUCAGUCCUGUUGCUCUGUGGUAACCCGCCCACAGUGAACACAUUUACCCUCUCAGAUGAAGAGCAGAGUGAUAUUGUUCUGUCAGCAGCAGGUGGUGUGAUUCCAGGACCAGAUGAAAAGGUUCCUGGCAAGAAGAAGAAGAAGAAGGAUUCUAGCUCUUCUGAUGAUAGCUCCUCUUCUUCCUCCGAUAGUGAUGAUGACAAGAAAAAGAAGAAGAAGAAGAAGAAGAAGAAGGACAAGAAGAAGAAGAAGAAAAAGAAGGAUUCUUCUUCUUCAUCAAGCUCCUCGAGUGAUUCUUCUAGUGAUGAUGAUAAGAAGAAAAAGAAGAAGAAGGAUAAGAAGAAAAAGAAGAAGAAAGACAAGAAAAAGGAUUCCAGUUCCUCUUCGGGUUCUUCUUCCAGCAGUGAUGAUGACAAGAAGAAGAAAAAGAAGAAGAAAGACAAGAAGAAGAAAGACAAGAAGAAGAAAGACAAAAAGAAGGACUCAAGCUCCAGUUCAGGUUCCUCUGGUAGUGACAGCGACAAGGAAAAUAAAAAGGAGGAGAGUGAGAAAAGGGAGGAACAGGACCACCCUGAUGGUGAGCAAAGCAGCCACCCUAAAACCAGCGUUUCAGCCUCAGGUGGUGGUGGACCUUCUGCCAGCUCCAAGCCAUGUGAUACUCCCAAUGUGUCUCUUACAUCUCCUGCCUUGAAGCUGCAUCCUGUCAGUUCUUCAGCUGCCACCAAGCCAUCCCUUGUAAUCAAACGUCCCAGCUACAUGGAGAGCCUGAUGGGCACCCCGAAGAAGACUGGAGACAGCACGACACACUCCACUAGUUACCUCACCUCAAAGGAUCUGCUGUCAGGGCCCAGACCUUACCAAUGUUAAGAUGUCAUAGAUCUUAGUCAUCAGCCAAAAUCUGGCCUGCAUCACACUGGAAGCACUUAAAUGUAAUCAUGAAUGCUUUAAUGAUGUUACCUUGGGUCAUGGUUUCAUUGGAGGAUCAGUAAAUCUUACAAAAUAAACACACUGCUUGAUUAGAGAGAAAAGAUAUGUGUUUUUAAAAUUGACAAGUUUACAAUUGACAGUUGUAAACUUGUCAAUUGGUGGAGGAAAUGUCAAUUUAUGAUCACAACAUGUUGAAGGUUUGAGAAAUAAAAGAGCAUGAAUUCA